AAAGUUAAUCGUACAUUAUUUCCUCUUCCAGAGUCAGUGGAUCGGCCUGGGAACCCUGCUGUUCGGAGUCGGCUGCAUCAUAUUCUCCCUCCCGCACUUCACUACAGGUUACUAUGAGGGUGAGUUGAACGCCACUGAAAAAAACGAUUCCCUGUGUUAUGAUGAUCCAUAUGCAUACUACUAUGAUUACUACGACUAUAGUUACUACGACGACUAUAACUACGGCUAUGGCAACUCCACCAACUCUACACGGUGUCAGGCAAGUACUGACCCGAGCCUGGCCAACUACCUGUACGUGUUCAUCCUGGCGCAGUUGUUCCUGUGCAUGUGCGCAGGCCCCAUGUACACGGUGGGCGUGGCUUAUCUGGACGAGAGCGUGGAGACGCAGUACUCCGGACUGUACAUAGCUAUCCUGUACGCCAUGACAGCCGUGGGGCCCGGACUCGGUACUGUGAUCUGUGGGGAGAUUUUCAACCUGUGGAUUGAUUGGCCUGACAAGGACGGAGGGGCUCUCAAGCCGAGCGACUCCAACUGGCUGGGGAACUGGUGGCUCGGCUUUCCCAUCUUCGGCUGUCUGGGGAUCCUGGCAGCCCUGCCGCUUCUCGGGUACCCCCGCAAGUUACCAGCACGGGAUUUUGAGUCGGAGCUCAGCGCCACGGAAACAGCCGAAAAUGACGUCAUUGCAACACACGUGCAUAACGGAGAUCCGAAGCACGACAGCGAGGCUAGUGUUGUUACUCGUCUGAAGAUCGGUCUGAGGGAGUUGAAGACGACAUUAGCUGUUCUCUUCAAGAAUCAAACUUACAUGUUUCUUACUUUUGCUGGAGCCAUAGAUGCCCUAGGGUACAGUGGCAUCUUCACCUUCUCACCAAAACUGUCCGAGUUGAUGUUAGAUGCCAACACUGUCAACACGUCCUGGUACUUUGGUCUCGCCAUUGUUCUGGGGGACGCAGGCGGAGCCCUGUUUGGUGGUUGGAUCACCAAGUAUUUUGGAGUGAACUGUAAGAAGAUGUUGGGUGCAGUGGUGGUCCUGUCUCUCCUCUCGCAGCUUGGCAACUUGGUGUUCCUCAUGUACUGUGAGGACGCCCCGAGAGUGAUGCUUGCACAGGCCGAUAGCAUGAACUGCACGGCAGGCUGCCUGUGUGACCCCACCCUGUACGACCCGGUUUGCGGCAGCAAUGGUGUGGAGUAUUUCUCCGCCUGCCACGCCGGAUGUUUCCAGUACAACCCCGCAAAUCUGACCUACUCCAGCUGUGGCUGUAUCACCGAGUACUGGCUCAGCAAAAACGUCACUUCCGGGUUCACUACAUCUGCUCGAACCGGCACGUGUUCACGUAACUGCGUCCCCUGGGUCAUGCCCCUGUACUUCUCCAUCAUCACCACCCUGGGGUUCGUCGCCUUGGCAACCAUUCCAAUGUACACCGAAGUGACCUUGAGGAUUGUUCCUGGUCAACUGAGAUCCUUCGCACUUGGAGUUCAAUGGACGAUUACCAAACUCCUCGGUUUGAUCCCGGGUUCUCUCAUCUUCGGUUACGUCAUUGACUUGUCUUGCAUUCAAUGGGAGGACAAAUGUGGAACUAGGGGGUCUUGCCUGACCUACGACAACCGUAAGGUCGGUCUAAACGUGUUCGCCGUGGCUGCAGUAGUCGGAGUGGUCGCCAUGUUUCUCUACGUCAUGGCAUACUGGACAUACAAGCCCAAGGACGGAAGGGAUGGAGAGGAAGGGCAUGCUGGGACCGGACAUUCCACAAAAUAAAGCUAGCACAACAAGAGUUACGAGACCUCGUAUCUCCAAAAAAAACUUAUCUAAAUGACUUCCAAAUCUGCAUAAUCUAUACUUGGUUAUGUACACUUUCUUUCUAAAUUCGAUUUUGGAUUGGGUUGCUUAUACAAAAGGCCAUGUUUUCAUUGGGAGCAUUUCUGGACUGGUCUAUUUCACAUGGGGUGUGCUGUAAGAGAUGCUCUUGGGGCAUUCUUAAAAUUCAAUUUUUAGUGACUAUGCAAUAGUCGUAUUUUAGCGGAGAUUUUUUGGCGACGCCUCAGGGGCGGAGCCGUUCUUAUAGUACUGCGAUUGAGUUGCCAGGAAUUCUAAAUAUUCCACGCACGCAUUCCCUGGGGAAUUCGUUUUUGACAAGAACUUGCGGGACGGGCGUUUGCAUGUAACAUUGAGGAACUGUAAGUUGCUUCUUUGGGCAGUUUUUACACACUAUUGCAGCUUUUAAAAGAUAUUUCAAAUGAGCUUUCUGGAGACUAAAGACCAACGUGUCACAUGUUUGUCGAUGUAUUUGGUAACUUAUAACUUCUUACAGUGAAGAAUGAUAAGUUUGGACAUGUAGCUGAUACAGUUUGUUUAGAUGUCACUUUAUAGACUAUGACUGACGCAUCGAUGAUAAAGAAAGUACGCGAAGAUAAAACUCACCGUACAUUGGACUUUUUAAGACGGACAGACUUCUUUGACUACAUGAUGCUGUCCUUUAUUUUGCGUAUUCUUACUGUGUGUAGAAGUGUUGUUUUGUUGGAGGGUUUUAUUUGGACUGCUCCACUUUAGAUAGGGGUAUCACAUGAAGAGCCGAUUCUUCCUUUGAAUGUUUUUUUUAAUUCAGUUUUGGGAGAUGAUUCAAAAUUUCAUUUUCAAGCGGGUAUUUUUGGACUGGUCAGUUUUACCUUUUUACAUGUGGUGCACUGAACAGUACAUUUUUGCAGGGGGGGGGGUAAAGAUUCCUUUUUGGGCUAAAGUGUGAUUAGUACAAGCCAUUUUUAAGCAGAAAUGUUCCAUCCUCAAAGGGGUGAUUUUGGAACUAUGUCUAUUGUUGCAUAGGAAGGCAGGUGGCUGAAAUAUGCUGUAUUUUCUCUCAAGUAAAUGCCGGCCUUUCUAGUUACCUACUUAUUUGUUACUUGUUUUAUUGUUGUAUUUUGUGCUACAUCUUGGAUGGUUACAACAAUAUCUGUAUGUAAUUUUAUGUUAUCCAACAUUGUAUGCUAUAAACUAUUUCGCAUUGACCACUUUAAUAAUACAUUGUUGAUGAAAAGGGAA